AUGCAUGCAUACACGAUGAUUUUUUUCGCGUUGGCUUGUUUUCAUGUUGGAGUAAUAUCGAAAACCUUUCAAAGGCGUUAUGGGAACAAUUUUGAUAAAAACAAAAACAGUAUUAUACCCCGCAUUACAGCGCCGUCUGAUACUGGCAGUGUCCCAGUCCAACAACUAAAGAUCGUUGCAGGAGAAAACUAUUCCGACAGAGGGACGUCUCUAUUGACUGUUAUACUGGUUGUAGUUCACGAAGACUUUGAUCCGUUUACGCUCCUCGCAGAUCUGGCCAUAAUCAGGUUUUACGAAGAUGUUAUAUUCAAAUCUUCGAUAAAGAGCAUUUCAUUAAUAAUGCCUCACAAGCCACUCUUUGACAGUAAGGCAUUUGUUACGGGUUGGGGCAGAUGUGAUUUAACGAACAAAGAACUCUGCCUGCCGCGCUCUUCGGACUGGUUUCCUGACGAAAGAAUGGAUCCAAUGUUGAGAACCGUCUCGUUUAGUAUUUCUCGUAAAAAUUUCUACUGCGAAGGCUAUAACCAAGUGGAUAGCACAGAAUAUUAUGUUAUUUCGUAAGCUAUCCAUGAGUAAUUUUUCUCAACUAUUCCAAGCGACAAAGUCCCUUAUAAUAUUGGAAUGGCUGGUAAAGAAUAGGGUUUCAAAGCCG